AUGCACCAUUGGACCGGAGGACUCAAUUGGGCGUUUACUAAUAUUCGAGUGAAUAUUUCUCCUACACUAUGGAUAAUAUUAUCGGCAUUCUUUCUUGGAUGCAACGGAGCACCAUUCAAUAAGGAGGCAUACAUAACAGACAAAGAGGCAGCGAUUGUAUCCGUUCUUAAGACCAUCUUCAUUGCUUACUUAGCGCAUGCAAAUACGGUUCGCCCCGAUCAAAGCACAUUGGCUUUGCCUACUAUCUACAAGCAGAUGUCUGCAAUAGCCUGGCCUGUCAGCGGAAUUCAUGAAGCAGUUGGAUCAAUAAUUAAAGCAUGGCGUGCUGAUAAGAUUAUUGGGAUUGGCAAUUUUAAACUGGAAAGAUAUGUAGUAGAAAAUCCAUUGGAAAGAUAUUACAGCGAUGCCAAUUUAUUGCCCAGAGAUGAGAAUGGAUUCAUAUUGGGCACUGGACUAAAACAAAUCAGAUUCAGUAUGUCUAUUCUACGUACCAACCUUGAGCGCGCACAGCUCAAAAACGAGCUUGAAGACAUAUCUACUUUCGACAAUGCCUUUAAAAUAAUGGACGAAAAUCUGGCCGAGAUUGAGCAGUGGAGGAGAACAUACAAGGCAACACCAAAGUACCAGCUGAUUUGUGGUGGUAAUGCGAAUGUCAGCCGGUUCUCUAAAGGUAGCGAUAUUUCUAAGGAAUCAAGCAGCUCAGAGAAGCCAUUUGCUCGGUACGCUGGGGACAUUUCUACUCACGGGAGUUCGACAAACUUUAAGAAAUUCAUUGUAGAUAAUGAUGAGAAAUCAUCUGGACAUCUUAAUAUAACAAAGCCUGAUGAUGGAGAUGGGCAAUUCCGAGAGUAUCUUCGCAAGAAGUCUUCGCAAAUGUAUAACAGAAUCGCCCAUGACAACGGAGCCUACCUUGAUCAGAUCCUUACCGAAAUGGGUCCAAAAAAUGCGAAGAAAAUGAAACACGCCAUACUAAAUGGAAGUAUAUAUAUUGGCUACAAUCAAGAAGAAGCCGCACAAAGAGACUUAAUCAGACAGCUUACAAUAAACAUGGAGGUUACUGGUCCUGGGGCACGAUGUAAAUAUCAAAUGCCAGUACAUCCAGUAAUAAUACGCUAUCUACCUACAGAUAUGUUAGAUCAGCUGAAAAUUGCCGGAAACCUGGAAGAUACAUCCUCCUUGUCAAAGAUCACAUCUGCAGUACAAUUGCUCUACACAGUCUAUGAAAUUGUCCGAGGUUCAGGGAAUGGGUGGUCAAAACUCAUCAUGGGUGUAUUCAUGAUAAUGUCUCUUUUACAGACUGCUUCACUUGUAUUCUUACCAACUCAAUUGGUGGCCUUUAGUAUCCAUUGCAAGACUGAAAGAAAUAUGGGGACCAAUAGCUACAAUCUUGCAGAGAAGAUUACGCAUCCUAUUACACGCCUCCUAACAAGAAUAUUACCUAAGUUUCUUCAAAAUCUGACAAACGAUAUUGUUAAGGAACACGACUAUGCUCUGAUUGGAGCAUUAGAGAAGUCAGCCUUGCCACCGAUGCUUAUUUACAAAAUUAUGAUGGGCCUGUCUGUAUCACAAGUCAGUUCUUCAAUCCAGCCAGCAGGAAGAUGGGAAACACUUGUUAUUAUCGGAGGUACUGUAGUUCCUCUUCUGUUGGGGUUGCUAGCCGGAUACACAGAGCCAAGUCCCGCAAAAUGGAUUGUACUUGCUUGGAUUGUAGGAAGUUGGCCGUUUACUUUUAUACGUAUAUAUGUUAUUGACCCAAACUAUAUGGUCAACAAGCUAGCAUUUGCACUUACAACGUUAUUUUUGGUACUUCCCGGAAUAGCUUUGGUUAUCAGUGCAACAGUUAUUGGAAACCUUCCUAAAUAG